AUGAGCAGGUGGCCAGGAGACUGGAACUGCUGGUCGUGCCACCACCACAACUUCAGCUGGCGAGACUCGUGCCAGCAAUGUGGCAACCUGAGGUCGUCCAGUGGCGACCCCUCCUACGCCGCCCUCGGAGGUGUCCGUGGAGGGUCCUCAUUCGUCUUCAGCGUCUUGAAUCACGUCCGGCCUGGAGACUGGUACUGCUCCUGCGGCGCUCAUAACUUCGCCAGCCGAUCCAGCUGCCACUCUUGUCGUACCUCCAAGGACAUUGACCACAAGGAAACGCCUGGCUCACAAGGUGUCGCCUACGGUGGCGGCGGUUGGAAGUCCGGGGACUGGUUAUGCACCAGGUCGGGCUGCAAUCAGCACAACUUCGCUAGCAGAAGGGAAUGUUAUCGAUGCAAGACACCCAAGGGAUGCGGUAAAUGA